AACUCCCCUUUCGAAAAUUUAGUCAACAUACCCGUGGACUUUUAAGCCAUUUUCGUUAUCCAGAGAGGCUGGGAUCUACCGAAUCAUAUCGACCAUGGGUGGAAAGAUUGAGUGCUAUCUUGACGUUGUCUCUCCAUACUCUUAUUAUGCCCUGCUUUAUUUAGAGAAGAACAGAGAGGUAUUAAAGUCUCAUGAUGUGGAUAUUGAAAUCAUUCCUGUCUUCCUCGGCGGCAUUAACGUAGGGAGUGGGAACAAACCCCCUUGGACCCUCCCCGCCAAAGCAAAAUACAGCACCUACGAUUCCGAGCGUGCAAAGAAGUACUUCGGCGUGCCCGGUAUCAAAACGCCUUCCUUCUUCCCAAUCCUAUCUCUCCCACCCCAACGUGCCCUAACAUACAUCCGCGCCCACCAUGCUUCCCUCCUGAUCCCCGCCUUCCUAACCCUCUUCUCUGCCAUGUGGAUCGACGGCCACGAUAUCAGCAAGCCAGAUCUGCUAGCCCAGGCCUUGAGCGUCCAUUUCUCCCCCAACGAGACUAAAGCGAUCCUCGAAGGCGCGAGCCAGCAACAGUACAAACAAGAGCUUUCAGCCAAGACGCAGGAGGCUCUGGACCGCGGCGCAUUUGGGUGUCCGUGGUUUUGGGUCACGAACGCGGCUGGGGUGGGGGAGCCGUUUUUCGGAAGCGACAGGUUCCACUUCAUGUGGGAGUUCCUCGGCCUGCCGUGGAAGGCUGUGGAGCUGCUGCCUUCGGGGCAGGCGAAGGCCAAGAUUUAGGUGUGGGAGGGAGGAGGG